AUGACAGCAUCCAGGUCCCAGUGCGUGAGUGCAUGCAAGUCGGUGCACGGCUUGGCCGGGGUGGUGGAGCUACUACAGCUUCGCAGAGGAGACAAGGGCAACGGCGGCAGUCGUAUGGCGUCAAUGGUGGUCUGCACUGUUUGUGCCGUGUCGGUCGGGUAUUCGGCGGUAGGAGCGGUAACGCAAGCGGUUGGGUGUAUGCCGCUUCGAAAGUAG